AUGGCUGACCCAAGUUCCUCGUCCUUAGCUGAGGUGGUGAAACAAGUCGCCCAGCAACAGCACAGCCAGGCAACGGAGGCAGAGAAAGGCAAGGCCGUGCUUGGACGGCUGCAGACUCAGCUCCAGGACUUUGAGACCCAAAUCAGUUGGUUCCUAACAGAAACGAAGGCAGUAAAAAGGCAGACUUUUCAUCAAGAAGAAGCCAUAACAGCCACAAGCAAUCACUGUGAAGCUCUGCAAACGCAGGUUGCAACUUUGUAUGCUGAGAACUUGAGGCUGAAGUUUGAGACAGAAACAUUGGAAGAAGAGUUUAAAACGAUGCUGCUAAGAAACGAGGCCUACAGUGAGAACAUCAGAGCUCACAAAUGCCGGUUUGGGGAAGCAGAAAGCAAAUGGCCACUUAUGGUUGAUGUUGCUAACAAAAGAGCCACUGUCAAAGACCUGAUUGCUAGGAAGGAGGAAUUAAUGUCUGCUCUUCAGAAUCUCGAAGGAAAUGCUACUAACUCAGUCCAGGAUGAAAUUGCACGUUUAGAAAGUGAAAUUAAUGUAUUGAAAGAAGCUGUCAGUCAAAAGCAAAAUAUACUCCAAGAUGAAAAAAAUGUUCAAACUCGCCUACGAAAGGAAAUUGAGGUGGAGAAUAAAAGGUGUGGCGCUAUCCUGAAACGUUUGCAUUGCCAAGUGAAUAAAUUGCAGGCCAGCCACAGGCAGGCCCGUUGGGAUGUCCAGCAAAUGGAGAGCAGAGCGGCAGAACUAAGAACACUCUUGGAGUGA